AUCCCCUCACCUCACACCGCACCCCAGUGGCUCUCCCUCUCCGCCCACCCUUCCUCUCACCCGCACACCUCAUCCCCACCUCACCGCGCCGCCCUCGGCUUCACUUCACAUCACCAGCAGCAGCCCGCGAAACAGCAGCGUCAUAAAGGCAUGGGCGUCGCAGGCUAGCCACAGUGACGCAGCGGCAGCCGGCAGCGGCCCAGGAAGCAACAGCGACCGGCAUCGAUCGCGGCAGCCGAGGCGGGGGGAGAAGGGAGGAGGGAGCGCGGUCGCCGCAGGAGCAGAGCGGCAUGGGGGGGGGCCUGACUGACUGACUGACUGACUGGGAACGAGAUGGCUGGAGCGCGACGGCCCCGGAGGCAUUAAUGGGGUGCUCAUCCUCCUCGUCCUCCCCCUCCUCUCCUCCUCCACGCCGGGUUGCGGUCGGCUCCGCCUUUUAACCGCCUUGCCCUGGAGGGGGCCGAGCGGCGGACCGCACGGGCGCACGACCGCGGGGGAACCGGAGCAGGAGCCGGAACCCUAGUGGCGGCGGCGCGCGCCAUGGGCAUCGAUCUCAACAUGGUGGACGGUGAGGGCGAGGAGCGGCGCCCCCCGCCGGCGGUGUGCCGGGACCUGUGGCACGCGUGCGCGGGGCCCGUGGUCGCGCUGCCGCGGCGGGGCAGCCUCGUCGUGUACCUGCCGCAGGGUCACCUCGCUGCGGUUGGAGGCGGGGACGUCGCGGCGGACCUGCCGCCGCACGUGGUGUGCCGCGUCGCGGACAUCGAGCUAUGCGCGGAUGCGGCGACGGACGAGGUGUACGCGCGGCUGGCGCUGGUGGCGGAGGGCGAGGCAUUUGGGAGAAAUGUGCGUGGUGGUGGAGUUGAAGGGGACGAUGACAUGGAGGAUUUUGAUGCUGAAAGGAAGUCCCGGAUGCUGCACAUGUUCUGCAAAACGCUCACUGCCUCUGACACUAGCACACAUGGAGGGUUUUCUGUUCCUCGCCGAGCUGCUGAGGACUGUUUCCCACCGCUGGACUAUAAUCAACUCAGGCCUUCUCAAGAGCUUGUUGCCAAGGAUUUGCAUGGAGCCAAGUGGAAGUUUCGUCAUAUUUAUAGGGGUCAGCCUCGUAGGCAUCUCUUAACAACUGGAUGGAGUUCAUUUGUCAAUAAAAAGAAACUGGUUUCAGGGGAUGCAGUCUUAUUUCUCCGAGGUGAUGAUGGUGAACUAAGAUUGGGCGUAAGGAGAGCCGUUCAGCUUAAAAAUGAGGCCCUUUUUGAAGAUUUCAGUAGCGACAGUGCAAAGCGACAUACGUUGUCUGCUGUAUAUGAUUCCUUGAAACAUAGAAGUGUCUUUCACAUUUCUUACAAUCCAAGAGCUGCUUCUUCGGAAUAUAUAAUUCCAUACCGGAAGUUCCUUAAGAGCCUCAACCAUCCAGUCUGUAUUGGAGCGAGGAUCAACUUCCAAUGCCAGAAUGAAGAUGUUAGUGAAAGGCGAUCUGGAAUGGUUGUUGGCAUUAGUGAAGUAGAUCCCAUGAAAUGGCCUGGCUCAAAGUGGAGAAGCCUGCUGAUAAGAUGGGAGGAUGGUUCUGAAUGCAAUGGCCAAGAUAGAGUAUCUCCAUGGGAGAUCGAUAUAGUUGGUGGUUCAGUCUCUGCUGCCCAUUCUCUGUCUGCAUCUAGUUCUAAAAGAACCAAGUUAUGUCCUCCGGGAAAUUUGGACGUUCCAACAAUGUGGAAUGGUUGUACUGACUCCAUGGAAACUGGAAAGUUACCCAGGGUCUUGCAAGGUCAAGAAUUGAUGGGUUUUAGGACUCAUCGUGUUACGUGUGCUGCUCAAACAGCUGAGGUUGCAAAAUUUCAAUCUUCUGAUGCUAGUAGGUUCCUUACUAAUGCACGAAGCUGCAUGUUGAGUGGUCCAACAGGCAGACUUGCAGUACAGAACUCUGGCUUUACCUACCAAUAUGUAGGCUUCAAUGAAUCUAUUGGAUUCUCAGAGGUCUUGCAAGGUCAAGAAAUUUCUCAGGCAGUUCCUAUGUUCCAAGGAAUGAUGUCUGAGGCUUGUUCACUGAAAGGUGUAUAUGGGCUGCGUGGUUAUAUGCACACCCCUGCUGCUGUUAACGGAUUAUCAGCCACAGCUCAAGAAUGUUCUCUCACACUAUCUACUCCGCCUGCAGCACAAGUGCCCCCUCCCCAUCCCAAUCACAUGCUUAACCAAACUGUGUCAUCACAGCUUGGUUUGGGAAACAAGACUGCUGGCGAAGGUGCAAAUGGCAGUCAGCCUUGCCCAUUUGAUAUGUCGUGGGAAGCUCAGACCAGGUCACAUCAUGAAACACCUGCUCAAAUUAGCUUGGAUCAAUUUGAGGCUAGGAGAGCUUCAGCACCUGGAGAUGCUGCUAAGAUUGGGUCUGGUGGAAGGGAGGUUCGCAAAACUAGCUGCAGGCUUUUUGGUUUCUCAUUGACUGAGAAGAUCUUGCCAGCUGAUGAUGAUAGCGUGAAGGAAGUGAGUUAUGAGGCUGAGUGCCAGAAUCCACGGAUGCUGGACUUGUUCGGGUACAACCGCUCCACCCCUAGUGCUGCUCUUCCGGCUCUCUGUGCCGCCCCCUUCGGAAUGUGAUGCUACUUCAGUUAUGUUUCCUAGUAUUUUCAAGCACUCAGAUUAGAAGUUCUACUUUCCCAGUACCCCAGUGUAUGCAUAAGCUGCCUUUUGACCUCAUUCCCUCCAUUGGUCUGCUCAAGCUAUUCAGUCAUCUGCACAAGUCAAGGAAGGAUGAUUGGUGAACCAUUCCCCUGCAUGCCUCACCUGGCCACCCAAAGUAUUAUGGUUGUGUAUCCUGAUAUGCACCAUUGUAACUUUUGUGGCUAUCCUUCAGAUCCAUUGUGCGAUGAAGCUGAUGAAGCUAACGAUGUCAGAUUUAGAUUCAUGGGAAGGUCUGUCAGCUUUAAUGUAUCUGUUAUGUGUCUUUAACUGAGCUCCUGUAUGACUUUUGUAGCUCUAUCAUGAGCCUUGGUUGCAGUGGCCUGCCUAGAUCGUGUGAUUGUAUCAGUAUGUAAGACCAUUGCUUCGUUUCAAGAUAUGUUGCUUAUGGACCUUUA